AUGGAAAACUACCAGAAGAUCGAGAAGAUCGGUGAAGGUACCUAUGGUGUCGUUUACAAGGCUCGGGAGCUCAAUCACCCCAACCGAAUCGUUGCCCUGAAGAAAAUUCGUCUCGAGGCCGAAGAUGAAGGUGUCCCCAGUACCGCCAUCCGCGAGAUUUCUCUCCUGAAGGAGAUGAAAGACCCUAACAUCGUUCAAUUGUUCAACAUUGUCCACGCCGAUGGUCACAAACUGUACCUUGUUUUCGAGUUCCUCGAUCUUGACCUGAAGAAAUACAUGGAAGCUUUGCCUGUUAGCGAGGGUGGUCGUGGAAAGGCUUUGCCUGAUGGAUCCAUGAUGAGCCCCAACUUGGGCCUGGGUGACGCUAUGGUGAAGAAGUUCAUGGCUCAGCUUGUUGAGGGUGUCCGAUACUGCCACAGUCACCGCAUUCUGCACCGUGAUCUGAAGCCCCAGAACUUGCUGAUUGACCGCGAGGGUAAUCUUAAGCUCGCUGAUUUUGGUCUUGCUCGCGCUUUCGGUGUUCCCCUGCGUACCUAUACUCAUGAGGUCGUCACAUUGUGGUACCGAUCCCCAGAGAUUCUGCUCGGUGGUCGCCAAUACUCUACUGGAGUCGACAUGUGGUCCGUUGGAGCCAUCUUCGCCGAGAUGUGCACUCGCAAACCUCUUUUCCCCGGUGACUCCGAGAUUGACGAGAUCUUCAAGAUCUUCCGUGUUCUCGGUACUCCCGACGAGCAAGAAUGGCCCGGUGUUACUUCUUUCCCCGACUACAAGGCAACCUUCCCCAAGUGGAAGCGUCCUGAUGUUGCUCUUGUCGAUGGACUGGAGGAAGCCGGUUUGGAGCUCCUUGAUGCACUCCUUGAAUAUGACCCCGUUCGCCGACUUUCCGCUAAGCAAGCUUGCAUGCACCCCUAUUUCCGCAACGGAAGCUCCCACUACUCAGGCCGCACCAAGACCAAUGGCCUUUUCCAGUGA